CGCUUUAGCCAUUCAUACCAGGCUCAUACAUCUCAUUUACAUUAUAUUCCGAUAAGAACAAUGACUUCCUCACAAGGGCUUCCUCCACGGCAGUUUCCUACUUCGGGCUACGUAAGCUUAAAUCCUCUGGAGAAGAUAGAAGAAGAGAGUCUGCCCCUAUAUAAACCGGAGAACUAUUAUCCAGUUUUUAUUGGAGAAAUCUUCGGUUCGAGAUAUCAAGUGGUUUCAAAGCUUGGAUAUGGUACAUCCUCUACUGUUUGGCUCUGCCGGGAUCUUCGAGAGGGAUCUUACUAUACUCUUAAGAUAUGUGCAAAGGGUCAAAGCUCUGAUCGAGAAAUUACGAUAUCUGAGAAUCUGAAGCAAUCCUGCAAUGAAAAUAGAAAAAAGAUGCUCCGUUUGGUUCUUGACUCAUUUGAGGUUGUUGGACCACAUGGAAUAUUUAUGUGUCUGAUUUAUCAGCCCCUUGGAAUGAGUUUCGCUGAUUUCCAAGACUUAUUACCUGAUAUGAAGUUUUCAAAGGAUCUUCUUCAAAGAAGUACCCAGCUUGUUUUGGUAGCGUUGUCUUCAAUACAUGAAAGCAAUGUUAUUCAUACCGAUAUCUCGCCGAAUAAUAUACUACAAGGGGUAGACAAUAGCUCCAUCUUAUCUAAAAUGGAGGAAGAUGAAGUUGAACGACCAAUUGCUAAUAAGAUCUUGAGUGACCGUCAUAUCUACUAUUCCCGUCCAAUGCCUUCUUGCAAAGGUCUUCCUGUGGUUUCUGAUCUAGGAGAAGCUAGAAUUGGAGAGGGGACGCAUAGUGGUGAUAUCAUGCCUGAUAUCUAUCGCGCACCUGAAGUCAUCUUGGAAAUGGACUGGGAUUACAAAGUUGAUAUCUGGUCAAUCGGUAAUAUGGUCUGGGAUCUUGCGGAAGGGAAUCAUCUUUUUUUUGCCAAAAAUAACGGUACUCUCAGCGAUGAGCAGCAUUUGGCUGAGAUGGUCUCUCUUAUGGGCCCUCCUCCCCAAGAGUUCUUAAAGAGAAGUAAGAAGUGCGAAAGAUUCUGGGAUAAAGAAGGUAAUUGGAAAGGUUCUAUAUGCAUACCAGAGCAGUCUUUUGAGAUUAGAGAGCUUCAAUUUUCUGGUGAGGACAAAGAUCUCUUUCUAAACUUCUUGCGCAGAAUAUUUCGAUGGCUGCCGGAGGAAAGACCAACAGCAGAAGAGCUCGCGUAUGAUGAGUUUCUCAUGCAGCCAAUUAUGGCAGCAAGAGGUUGA